UGUGUUACACUGUUUGAAAAUGCAGGCCGUGUCAUGCCUUGAAAAAAAUCAUUUUAUGCUAGAAUUUGGUAAAAAAUGUCGGACCCUAAACGUGCUAGUCUUAUAACAGUGGGUGCUUCAAAAAGUGAAAAGAAUAGUGUGUGUAAAACAGUGAGAUUAACUAUAAAUCUGGAUGAAAGCAACGAAAGUAAAUAUCCAGAGCUGAAUUACAAGGAACUAGUCAUAGCAGAAGACAGAAAGAAGAGGGUAGAAAAUGGGAAGACAAAUAAGCUGGAUCCAUUCUCCGACAAUGAUGAGGAGUUAGAACGGGUUGCCAAGAAAUUUGAACAAAAAUAUGGAGGCAAGAGCACAUACGGCAGAAAGGGGCGCUCCAAGCAUGAUGACUUCGCAGACAUUGGCAUGGGUUACGAUGAAAACGACCCAUUCAUUGACAACACAGACAAUUACGACGAGAUGAUGCCACCAGAGACUGACACGUUCUACGGUGGUUUCUACAUCAACAGCGGGUCUCUAGAGUUCAAGAGUGUGCCUGAGAAUCGGAUCGCGGAUGUUGAGAAUGGAAGAAGAAAUAAGAGGAGGAUUUCGUCAAGCAGCAGCGAAGAGGAGUCGUCAGACAGUUCAUCGGAGUCUGAGAGUGCUGAUGAAAAGGAAACUAAGACUAUACCCAAUGGAGCGGUGCACAAUGAACAUAGGAAAAAGAAAAACAAAGAUAUUGACAAGAAAAAGAAAGCGAAGAAGAUCAGAAGGACAGAUUCUUCCGCCGCGACAUCAGGGAAACAGACUUCUGAUGACAACGGUCACGGCGACGCGGAGAGUGCGGACUCGCGGACGUCACAUUCUGAUUCGCUGACGUCCAAACCUGCGCCCAGCUCCGAAAACGCUGUCACUUCUGACAGCUCCAGGGAUGUAGAAGCAAAGUCGGAAGUGAAGCUGCCUCAACCAGUAAUCCAGGUAUUGGAGCAGUUGGAGGCGGCGGUCAGCAAGCACCAAUCGGAACAUCCCGACACCCCUGUCGCUCAACUUACUACUAACCAUGAGAAGCAUCUAUUAAGCUUGGACGCCGCCAUAUCCAGCAGCGCGGCCACGGCGCGAGCUCGACGCGCGGCGUGGGGGCGCGCGGCAGUUUGUUUACGAUCGUCGCGCGCCAAGCUCAUACACCGUGUGCAAGCGCGGCUCAAAACACAAACCGAAAUUAACGAUACGAAAGUUCCUGCCUCUCCAAUUGCUCAAACAACAACAGCCACUGCCACACCGACUGCCACCAAUAACAACAAGCGGAAAUACUCUGAUGAAGCCGACGAAGAUAUUAGCAAGCUCACUGCCGAACAACGGGAAGCGAAAAUCGUUGAUACAUUACAAAGACUAAAAGCCUUGAUAGAAGACAGAACUCCCGCCAUGAUGGCCAGUUAUCAGGCCGAAUGUGAUCGGGUCAUGGAAGAGAGAAAAAAACUCCAAAUAGCAUCAGACGGCAGACCGAUCGAGAAGCGUCUCCCCAAACGACGUUUCCCCUGGUGUCAGCGCAGUCGCUCCCUACUCGCCCGACUUAAACGACUCGCGGGAGACCAAGAUGCGGCGGCCAACUUGCUGGUGCGACGAGCGUUGCCUCUGUUCCCUAGUGGCUUCGUCAGGAUGCCUACACUGUUGAGACAGGCAGAUCUUAGCAAAGAACUGAAAGUGUCAGACGUGAAGCGACAACGCUCAUCCUCAGUAUCCGCGCCCGCGCUCGCGUCUGCUCCCGCGCCCGCGCCCGCUCCGGCACCGGUGACGCCGCUGGCGAGCAUGCCGGAGCCCAUACAGUUCCCCAGCUCGCUCACCGUCACCACCAGCAUCAAGCCCAUCGACAAGACUGACGAGGACAAAUCCAAGUCUGUCUUCGGAAACCUCAUCAACUCCUUCUCCAUAAGCAAAGACUUGAUUGUCGAACCGGAGAAAAAAGACCCCGAACCUAAGAAGGAGGAUGUUGUCCCCAACAGCAUCGGCAGCAUAACUAUCACCCCGGUCGUUACUAAAGAGAAGAAAUCGGUCCCUUCCAAUCCACCUACGAAAGAACCGCUUCUGAGAGUCAAAUCCCCGGCGGUCCUGAACGAAAUGGCCAAAAAGGACAAACAUAAACUGAAAGACAAACCGAUAGUCAAAGACAAGCGGGUCGACUCCCCUCUGCAUAUAGAUACCACGUUCUCCAACAAAAAGGAAACCCCUAGUCCGACUACUAAAGAAGAUGUACCUAAAAAAGCGUUAACUAAGGAAGAAAUCGCUAAAAAGCAGAUAGAAAAUAUGAGAAUUUCAGAAAACAACAUCCCCCGGCCCGCCUUAGUCCCAGUUCACCAUUCCCCAACCUUCGCUAAGCCUGAUAAAAGACCACCGGAAGUCAAGAAGAAAAAAGAAAUAGUGAUUAUAUCGGAUUUAGAUCCAUUAGGAGACGUUCAGCAAGAGCCAGUGGUAGCUGUAGACGAUAGCAGCAGUGACGUUGAAGUGAUUGAGGAAAACAAAAGUGAACCUAGUAAGUGUGAAGUGCCUAAAGACAAAGUGAGUGAUAAGAAGGUUAGCAAGAAGGAGAACCAUCGGAAGGAGGAUGCGCUGGAGGAUGACAUUCACACGGUUAUGAGGAAUUUGAGAGAAAUGGAGCAUUCACAAGAAACCCCUAAAUUCAAUAAUUCUUUCGGAGGAGUUAUAACCAGUGCCAAGCACGAGAAGUCUUCCAAACCCUACAGCCCGCGGGUUUUCGGGGACCGUAGUGACAAAGACAAGCUCGCAGAACCAACUUCUUUGAACAAAAUGGAUGGAUGUAGUGCCGUCACAGGUUGAUGCAGUACUACCGCAACCUCAAAUGAAGACGUAAGGAGGUAACGCUGGCGGUACUAAUACAAUAUAAACUAUUUAUUCCAUUCAAGGUAGGCCCGGACAUUUUGAAGCUUUUGUUUUGUAACUAAGCUCAUAUCAAUGAGGAUAUCAAGUUCUAACGUUUGAUAAAAAAGUGUAACUAAAGUUUUUAACAUUUUACGCGUCUUUAGUAUUUUACUCUGUCAAAAAAUAGUCUUGUUUUAAGGUUAUUUAUUCCACUGUUACAUGUUUAAGGAAACCAGAAAAAACGUAAUAGAUUCAAUUUGAAUGAUUACGAGCUAAAGUAAGCCUUAAACUGACUUUAAAUACCUACAUGUUUAACUCACAGGGCUGUUUUAGCCGUUCGAACGUUUUUAUAAAUCUGUCUUAAAUACAGAGUACAGAUGUGCGAAAAAAUUGCAUACGAACUUGUCAUGCUAUUUCAGUCAGUCUCAGUACAAGAUGUACUGACAUUGACUGAACUAGCAUGACAAAAACGGAUGUUUUGGAAAAAAAUACGAAGGACACCCUUUUUGCACUACAUCUGUACGCUGAUUCGAUUCCAGUCCAGCCUUGAACAUUGCUGGUCUUUUUUUCGUAUGGCUAAGUUCAGGACUGGUUUUGCCUUGUCUUUUAACUUCAAAGGCUUUUUUCUAUUUUCAAUCUUAUUUCAACUAUCUCCACUUAAAAAAACACGUCAGUUCGUCGCUCCGUUUUGUCGUGAAAGACGGACAAACAAACACACGGGCCAUUUUUUU